UCGCCGCCGGUGGGGGGUGGGCGAGGUUACGCGGUGCACGUGACGGCGGCGUCACGUGACGGCGGCGGCGAUCCGGAGCGGAGCGGGCGCCCUUCUCCCAUGCGGGGUCCCCUCCUUGCGGCCGCCGGGGCAGCCAUGGGGGGCGCGGGGGGUCCCCUGGCCCGCACCAUCCGUGCCAAGCUGACGGCGGCCCUCCAGCCCACUCACCUGGAAAUUCGGGACGACUCCCCCCUCCACGGGGGCCCCCCCGGAGCCGAGACUCAUUUCGGGGUGCUGGUGGUGAGCGGGCGCUUCGCGGGGCUGCCGCUGCUGCAGCGGCACCGCCUGGUGCACGAGGCGCUGCGGGCUGAGCUGGCCGGGCCCCUGCACGCCCUGCAGCUCACCGCCCGCACCCCCGAGCAGUGGGAGGGUGACCCCCAAAACCCCCCCGCGCCCCCGUGCCUGGGGGGCUCCAAGAGGGAGAAACGCCGCGCGGCCCGGGAGGAGGAAGAGGAGGAGGAGGCGGGGAAGCAGUGACGGCUCUGGGAGCCCCCCCAGCAACAACGGGACCCCCCUCAAGAACCCCCCCAAGAGCUGUGUGGGGCUGCCAGGAACAGCGUGGGGCAACGAGACCCCCCCCCAGGAACAGCGUGGGGCUCCUGGGACGCCCCCCAGGAACAACAGGACCCCCUCAAGAACUGUGUGGAGCUGCCAGGAUCCCCCCCCAACCAAGAACAACGUGGGGCUCCUGGGACCCCCCCCCAGGCUGCCAGGACCCCCCCAAGAACAACGGGACACCCCCAGGAACAGCGUGGGGCUCCUGGGACACCCCCCAGGAACAACAAGACCCCCCCAGGAACGGUGUGGAGCUCACGGGACCCCCACCCUGGUGCUUGGGAGGGGACAAAAAUAAUGGGGGUGACCCCCCCCCAAACCCCCCACCCCCU